UGCGCCCACGUGACGUUAAAGGAGGCUGCGUCUCAAGGCCAUUUUCAAAUUUCAUUGGUUUGGUUGUCAUGUGGUAGCGGAGAGGCAUCCCGAGUUACACGGGGAUUGUUUUGCUAGAUAUGUCAGCCUACAAAGGACAUCUCUCUCUUCUUUAAAACCUCUCCAAAAUGUCCUUUCCCAACAGCUCUCCUGCUGCUAGUACGUUUCUAGUAGACUCCUUGAUCGGUGCUUGCCGAACUGAUAGUUUUUAUUCCAGCAGCAAUAUGUACAUGUCAUCCAGCACAGAAAUGGGAAGUUAUGGAAUGCAAACCUGUGGACUUCUGCCUUCUCUCGGCAAAAGGGGGGAAGUUAGCCACCAAAAUAUGGGCAUGAAUGUCCAUUCCUACAUACCUCAGAUAGAUAACUGGGCAGAUCCGAGCAGAUCGUGCAGAAUAGAGCAACCUACCACCCAACAAAUGCCCACUUGCACUUUUCCACCAAAUAUAAAAGAAGAAAGUAAUUGCUGCAUGUAUUCCGACAAGAGAGCAAAGGUCAACUCUUCAGAAAUUCCCGCUUAUCCGAGCCUGAUUCCCGAAUCAUGCUCAGUUGAUAGUCCCGAAAUCCCUGUGCCGGGAUAUUUCAGACUGAGCCAAACUUACGCAUCUGGGAAAAAUCAAGAAUACAGCAAUGCCUCUGAAACGAGUUCAAACACAAUCCUGCAACUGAGCAGAGUUAAUCCCAAAUCGCAACUGUCUACUCUUGCUGAGGUGCAAAAGAAAAUAACUGAAAUUCCGAAUAACCGAGAUACCGCCAAGACGCCAACUCCUGUACAGAGCCCAGAACCAAAGUCGAGCUCGCAAGAGGAGAAGAACUGUUCUACUGAAGCGUCUGCCUCCAGCCCAGAAGUACCAGACAAGGACGCUAAAGAAUGCAAAGCUGAAGCACCAACAAGCAACUGGUUAACUGCAAAAAGUGGAAGGAAGAAAAGAUGCCCUUACACAAAGCACCAGACGCUGGAAUUAGAAAAGGAGUUUUUAUUCAACAUGUACCUUACUCGAGAGCGCCGUCUAGAGAUCAGCAAAAGUGUCAACCUCACCGACAGGCAGGUCAAGAUCUGGUUUCAAAACCGCAGAAUGAAGUUAAAGAAGAUGAGCAGGGAGAACCGAAUCCGGGAACUUACCUCCAAUCUCACCUUCUCGUGAGGGAGGACAUGAAUGUACAAUCGUUCUUUUUCGUUCUUUGUCAGAUGUAAGAUGCACUGGGGACUUGGACAUCUUGGUUUUUUUUUUCAUAUUUGGAAACUGUGACGUGUACCUGCUACUUUUGUUUGAGCUCUUGGUUGUGUUUCAUUUCUGGUUUUCUAAAAGUGCCGCAUUCUGUAAUUUAAAUAUGUGUUAUCACAGGGUAUAAUACGGACUGGUUUUGUCUCGGGUCUUAAAUUAUUAAAAUGUUGCAGACACCAUUGUGGGAAGAUUGUUUUUUCGCUGAGUUGAAAAAAAAAAUCUGUAACCGUACACGAAAUACACAGUUUUAAAUUCUUAUUAGACCAUGACUUUGAACAUGAAAGCACAUCUAUUGUUAGUAAUUAGAAAAAAAACAUAUAAGAGCAUCCACCUUAGAGUAGAAUAGUCCCAUUUAAGUAAAUCUUGAAGAGUUAGAAAUGUUCCUGUAUAGUAAAUGUGGUAAGUACUGUCAUCAUAUGGGUGUAAAUCUGAUGCAUGUUUUGUGGCAUGUACACUGCAAUAAAUUAUAUAUGUACAAAAAUGA